AUAUUUAUAUAUUCACACACACAGCACAGUAUGAGUGAAAGGAUUGCUGGAUCUCCCAGUAAAAGAGUGUCCAAGAUAUUCUCAUUCAGAACUAAAGACCAGACCACACCCAUGGGAAAGAGGAGACGCAGGAAAGACGAUAAUGAAGAAGAUGAUGAUGAAAUUGUUAUUCCUUCUGAUCCUCUAACCACUGAUGGCCCUACCCUCCAGCACCUUGGAAACAAAAGACCACGCCCACCAAGACGUAAUCAAAAUCGUCCGGCAGGCCUCAAGAAGGCAGCGGAGACGGGACCUUCCUCAAUAUGGGACCUUCCAGCCAGUGAUGACACUGAUAAUAACAGCACUCCAGUAGAGACUAAAAAGUAAAAUUUAUAACUGUGCAUAUGCAUAUUUAGCCACGGCCACAACCAUAUUAGCCACGCCCAGUCUAAUAAAUAAUUGGAAAAUAGAGAGCUUUUAAGAACAUGUAAAGAGUGC